CCUCAGUGAUCCCAGGCAAGUGCUGAAGAUGCAUCUUAGUCACUACCCUGUCCUCACGAGAGGCACAUCAAUAAUGCUGCAUUAUCUUGAUCGCGACUUUAUCAUCGAUGUUAUUGAUAUCACAGAUGAGUUGGACCGAAGUGUCGACGCUAUCUCGACUGUCCGUGCAGAUGCGCAGGCAACCGAGCUAAAAGUUGAGUUUGAAAGACCAUUGGAUAUGCCAUUGACUCCAUCAGAGAACGAGCUACCAGUGCAAGAAGGCACCAAUGUGAUUGGCACGGCUGAGGGUGUGGAAUUUGCUCCCUUUGUUCUCAAGCGCCCAACAAUCGUGAAGGAAAAAGAGGAGAAAAGCACUGAGACAACAAACCGAGAGGGAAAAGAUCAGACCAAGCCCGGCUUUGUCCCAUUCACAGGAGGGGGACGACGUGUAAAUGACAAGCCAGUUGCACCAGUUGUAUCCGAAGGGGAACGGCAGGGUGUGGAGAAAACGCCAGAUGAAAGGGCACGGGAGGCAAGGGAACGGCGGUUUAAAGCCUUUGGAGGGGUUGGACGCUCAUUGCGGUAA